AUGAGCGAAGCGGAUAUUUCACAAAAAUAUUUAUGUAUUAAUUGUGAGAUCAUUUUAUAUGAAAAUAAAGACGUAUACAUCCGAUGUGUGGACUGUAGCAAAAAAAAUUUGGAUAUUUUCCUUUGUUUCAAGUGUUUUCGAAUGGGUGUGGAAUGUGGAAGUCAUAAACGUAGUCAUAGUUAUCAAACAUUUGAUCCAUUUGGUCAACCAAUAUUCAAAACUGAUCGGAACGAUGUACAACAAGGUCGUUGGGGUUGGAAGGAAGAUCAGCAGUUAUUAAUGGCAACACACAAACUUAAACUUGGAAACUGGGAAGAAAUUUCGAAAUGCAUAAGUACGGGUAAAACUGCCGAACAAACUCGAGUUCAUUUUGAUCGAUAUUUUGUGCGUGGAUUUUUUGGUCAAUAUGCGACUAGUAAUCUUCAUUGGUUAGUUUUGAAUUACUCUCUUAUAUAUUGUACUGUUUAA